AAAAAGCUAACGGGGCAUUCAUGGGGCAUAAAAAGCCACAGGAUUCCUGUAGGAAUGGUACUGUGAACCCAGAUCCAUCCUCAAUAGAAAACAUCUGUCCUAGGAGCACUGACUGCCAGGCUGGUUCUCUUCCUCCUGGCAGGAGACUAGCGAUGCUGUCUACUACGGUCAUGAAUUUGAUGGUGGAUUUCCAGGACGUUUCUAGUCCACUGGAAGAUUCUAACAGUCGUACUCCUCCCCUGAAGACUCGAGGAAAGGUGAAAGUUAAAGAUGGAGACCAGACCCGGCAGCAAGAAAAGAAGAAACCAGAAUCCCAUUCAUGCAGAUGGAUAACCAGUUCUCUCCUGGGAAAGUUCCAAGUGUUUGCUCCUUCCGCUACGGAUUGUCUCUCCUCUUGCACGUCUGUAACAGUAUCAUAAUGUCACAGCUCAUGUGUCUGAGCCUCACAAUGGUGGUCAUGGUGAACAGCUCGGACCCACACGGUGCGCCCAACACCUCCACAGAGGAGAGCCUGGAUGUCAUGAAGAACCCCGUGUACAACUGGAGUCCUAAAACCCAGGGCAUCAUCUUCAGUUCCAUCUUCUAUGGCGUACUCAUCAUCCAAAUUCCUGUUGGAUACUUGUCUGAAAAAUACUCCAUCAAGAAAAUGAUCGGCUCUGCACUAUUCCUCAGUUCCCUGUUUAGCCUGAUCCUGCCGAUGGCCGCUGAAGGUGGAGAAGCUUGGAUCAUCGCAUGUCGGGUGGCCCAGGGAGUUUCCCAGGGGUCAGCAUUAAUAGCUCAGCACGCAAUAUGGGUCAAGUGGGCUCCACCCUUGGAACGAGGCCGACUCACCUCCCUGAGUCUAUCAGGGGUUCUGCUGGGGCCCUUCAUUGUUCUGCUUGUGACUGGAUUCAUCUGCCAAUCCCUGGGCUGGCCCGUGGUCUUCUAUAUUUUUGGCGCCUGUGGCUGUGGCAUGAGUCUUCUCUGGUUCCUUCUGUUCUAUGAUGACCCCAAGACCCACCCGUGUAUAAGCGUCAGUGAGAAGAACUACAUCUUGUCAUCCCUCAACCAGCAGCAGAGCAGCUCAAGAACACGGUCUCUGCCGAUCAAGGCUAUGAUUAAGUCUCUCCCACUCUGGGCCAUUGUUUUCGGUUCUUUUGCUUUCCACUGGACAAACAACAUCGUGCUUUUCUACACCCCAACAUUUGUCGACUCCAACCUUCAUGUGAAUAUAAAAGAGAAUGGGCUGCUGUCAGCCCUCCCCUAUUUGUUUGCGUGGAGCUUUGGUAUCCUGGCAGGUCACGCUGCAGACUUCUUCCUGUCCAGGAAUAUUCUCCGCCUCAAUACCAUCCGGAAGCUCUUCAGCACACUAGGACUCUUCCUGCCUCCCUUCUUCGGUCUGUGCCUGGUUCACCUGAGUUUCAGCUUCUACAGCACCAUUGUUUUCCUGAUACUUACUGGUUCCACAGGAAGCUUUUGUAUGGCCGGACUACUUAUAAAUGUCUUGGAUAUUGCUCCCAGUUAUUAUGGAUUUCUUAAGGGAGUUACAAAUGUAAUUGGAAUGAUAGGAGGACUAAUUUCUUCCAUUCUGUGUGGAAUGAUCCUGAAUGAGAAUCCAGAAUCUGGCUGGUUUAAAAUCUUCUUCCUGACGGCAGGCGUUAAUGUGACAAGCCUACUUUUCUGUCUCAUAUUUGGGAAAGCAGAAAUUCAGGACUGGGAUAAAGACAGACCAGAACAAACACGCCUCUGAAGCGGCAAAGAGAGAUACAGACACACCGUGUACAUCCUGACCCAAGAACACACGUCACCAGGGUCUUGCUAAGAACAUCAGCUGAGUACAGUCAAGCCUGUAGAUAGCAGCUGCUGUUUUGCAAGAAAGACAGAGACUGGAGAGUGCAGAAUGCGUGGACCAAAAUCCUAAGGACAUCGUCAGCAAAUCUAAACUGUGGGAAUUUUACAGUCAAAGGCCUUAGUAGAUUUUUUAACAGACAAAUUACAAAGAAAAAGAAAAGGGACAGGAGGGGGAGCGUCUAGAUCAAAAGUGACUUUAAAAGCAUUACAUUUUUAAAAACUGGCAACACUAUCAGGGUGGAGGGUGGCCAAUCCGUAAAGACACGCAGAGAAGACAUUGUUCUAAAUGUCAGGAUAGUUAUUACUUUUAAGGGGAGGAAGAUGUGAUUAGGACAGACCACAUGGAAAACUUAUGAGGUUCUGGCAAUAUUCUUUUAUGUCCACAGUGGUGAUUAAAAGAGUGUUCACGGAAUUACA